AUGGCACCAACCGCACCAUUCAACCCUCCAUCAUCAGAGCUUCCAGGCAAGCCAGUAGUGCCACAAUGGAUCCCGCCGCCACUGACACAGGAGAAGGAGAACUUCGCAGAGCUGAAGUCAAUCGGUUUGUCCUUACUAGAUUCUGAUGAUCCGGCGGUGGUGGACAGCCUCGUCCAGCAGGUCAAGACGGCUAUCCGCAACGAUGGGUUCCUGUUCCUGGAGAACUAUGGCAUUUCGCUCGAGCAGCUGCAUCGCCAAUUCGCCUUAGCGCAGUGUCUCUAUGCCAACAUUAGCGAAGAGGACAAGCAGAGACUACUGUUCGACCCCGAGACAGGUCUGUGGUCUGGCUACAAGCAUCCAUACGGUUUCAAGCGUCAACGUGGUGUACCGGACGGCUCCGAGCAGUUCAACUGGUACCCGCGCGAAUGGCAAGAUAUCAACCACACUCCCACUUGCCUGCACCCUUUAAUGGACGAGAUUGAGUCGUUUUGCAACUAUCUUACCAAGUCGGUGAACCGCCGGUUAUUGACACUCUUCUCACGAGUCUUGGAGCUGGCUGACGAUUAUCUGUGGGAAAAGGUCCGAUCGCACGGUACGCCGACUGGCGAGGGCUACUUCCGCCACGCUUUGUUCCGACUAGUCGAGAAGCAGACCGCCGAGGCGUCCAAGGACCUUCGUAUGCAUGGCCACACGGACUUUGGCUUGACCACGUUACUCUUCUCUGUGCCAAUCUCGUGCUUACAGAUCUGGGGUCGUGACGAACAGCGAGUGUCUUCUUUCCAUAUCGUCAAUGUUGUGCUGAGCAAGGCUCGCAGAUGGUAUUAUGUGCCUUACAAGCCUGGUACGCUGGUGAUCAAUAUCGGCGACACUCUCGAGAUCGUCUCCGGAGGCCACUUCAAAGCGACUCGUCAUCGAGUAUUCAAGCCGCCAGUCGAUCAAUUGAACCAAGAAAGAUUAUCUUUGGUGCUGUUCAACAGCUCGAUGGGCAGCCUGCGGAUGACACCCGCUUCUGGAUCCCCCCUGAUUCAACGUGAGGGAUGCGUCGAAGAUCAAGGUGUCUACAAAGAGUUCAAGCAACGUACUCUGGCCGGCAGUCUGGUGCCAACCAACAAAGAAUGGCACGAGAUCCAGAUCGCGACUGCCAGGGAUCCCACUGACACGGUCAGGAAUCGGGUUGGCGCGGACCAGGUCGUCAUUGAUGGAAAAUUGAUGCAGCAACGCGAAUACAUGGGCGUUAAGGUCGUGCUUCCAGUGUAG